AUCUGGGGUGACGUUUGGGGUCUGCAGGUUUUUGCGCGAAGGUGCAGAUGUUGUUGGCGGUGAGAACAGAGGAGAAGAACUUGGACGAGGUCUUUUGUUCGAGCUGCAGAAGUUCACGUUGUACAAGGCAACAUUUGUGCUGAAAUGGCAAACACUGAAGACAUACAAGUGAAGGAGCUGAGCCGACGUGCUUCAGGUCAAGCGUUUGAGGUCAUUCUGAGUCCUUCAACCCUGGAAGCCAAGGGAGACUUUCCGUUGUCCCCACUUAAAAAAAAGGAAACAACAUUGGACGAGAUAAAAAGAAAACUUAAUGCUGCAGAUGAGAGGCGCAAGAGUCAUGAGGCUGAAAUGCUGAAACACUUUGCUGAGAAACAUGAGCACGAGAAGCUAGUAAUUCAGAAGGCCCAGGAGGAAAACUGCAACUUUAGCAAGAUGGCACAAGAGAAGCUCAAUCAGAAGAUGGAGGCAAACAAAGAGAAUCGCACUGCGCGGAUGGCAGCUCUCAGUGAGAAGUUCAAGGAGAAGGACAAGAAGCUUGAAGAAGUGAGGAAGAACAAGGAGACUAUGAAAGAAAAGGAGAACUAAUUUGUUUACAUCUGAAAAACAGUCUUUACAUCUCUAUCAUAAGCUACGUUUUAUGCUAUUUGUUGUUUUCUGAUGCUUUUUCUAUCAGAGUUGGUUUUACUGUACUUGUUACAGUUGAUGUAACUAUUUCACAUUUGCCCAUGUGAACAUUUCUCUUUGGCAGCUGAUUAAGGUUUAGGCAUUGUUGUAUGGGCUAUACCUUUCCAUUUCGAGGCAUUCAUUAUACAUUUUUCCAAAUUUAUCAUGUAAUACUGUUCUAACAUGCAUUCUACUGUACGAUACCAAGGUUCUACCAUUAAAGCCUGUGUUCAAAGUUG